CCCUGCCCCCUGCCAAGUAUGUUUGGGCUGGACCAAUUCGAGCCCCAGAUAAACAGCAGGAACGCUGGCCAGGGCGAGCGGAACUUUAACGAGACCGGACUGAGCAUGAAUGCCCACUUUAAGGCCCCUACUUUCCACACGGGGGGCCCCCCUGGCCCCGUGGACCCUGCCAUGAGUGCGCUGGGCGAGCCCCCGAUCUUGGGCAUGAACAUGGAGCCGUACGGCUUCCACACGCGGGGCCACUCGGAGCUGCACGCAGGGGGGCUGCAGGCGCAGCCCGUGCACGGCUUCUUCGGCGGCCAGCAGCCUCACCACGGCCACCCGGGAGGCCACCACCCCCACCAACAUCACCCCCACUUUGGGGGCAACUUCGGUGGCCCGGACCCGGGGGCCUCGUGCCUGCAUGGGGGACGCCUGCUUGGCUACGGCGGCACUGCCGCCGGCCUGGGCAGCCAGCCGCCCUUCGCGGAGGGUUAUGAGCACAUGGCGGAGAGCCAGGGGCCAGAGAGCUUCGGCCCGCAGCGACCAGGAAACCUCCCGGACUUCCACAGUUCGGGCGCCUCGGGCCACGCCGUACCCGCCCCGUGCCUGCCUCUGGACCAGAGCCCGAACCGGGCCGCCUCCUUCCACGGCCUGCCCGCCUCCAGCGGCUCCGAGUCUCACAAUCUCGAGUCCCGGCGGGUGUCGAACCAAGGAGCCGUCGACUCGCUGGAAUACAAUUACCCGGGCGAGGCGCCCUCGGGACAUUUUGACAUGUUUUCACCCUCUGACUCAGAGGGGCAGCUGCCUCACUACGCGGCGGGUCGUCAGGUUCCCGGGGGCACUUUCCCGGGUGCCUCGGCCCUGCCCAGAGCUGCGGGCAUGGUGGGCUUGUCCAAAAUGCAUGCCCAGCCUCCGCAGCAGCCGCCUCCGCAACCCCAGCAGCCUCAACAGCAGCACGGCGUGUUCUUCGAGAGGUUCGGUGGGGCCCGAAAGAUGCCUGUGAGUCUGGAGCCCGGGGUGGGCUCCAGGCACUCGCUAAUGCAGCCUCCCCAGCAGGCCCCACCGCCCCCUCCGCAGCAGCCUCCGCAGCAACCGCCCCAACAGCAGCCGCCACCACCACCCGGGCUUCUAGUCCGACAAAAUUCGUGCCCUCCUGCGCACCCGCGGCCCCAGCAGGGUGAGGCGGGCACGCCCAGCGGAGGGUUGCAGGACGGGGGCCCCAUGCUGCCCAGCCAGCACGCGCAGUUUGAGUACCCCAUCCACCGGCUGGAGAACCGGAGCAUGCAUCCUUUUUCCGAGCCUGUUUUCAACAUGCAGCAUCCCCCUCCGCAGCAGGCGCCCAACCAGCGGCUGCAGCAUUUUGACGCGCCCCCCUACAUGAACGUGGCCAAGAGGCCGCGAUUCGACUUCCCAGGCAGCGCGGGAGUGGACCGCUGCGCGUCUUCGUGGAAUGGAAACAUGCACAAUGGAGCCCUGGACAACCACCUCUCGCCCUCCUCCUACCCAGGCCUACCCGGCGAGUUCACGCCGCCUGUACCCGACAGCUUCCCCUCAGGGCCUCCCCUCCAGCACCCGGCCCCGGACCACCAGUCCCUGCAGCAGCAGCAGCAGCAACAGCAGCAACAGCAGCAGCAGCAGCAGCAGCAACAACAGCAGCAGCAACAGCAGCAGCAGCAGCAGCAGCAGCAGCAGCGCCAAAAUGCGGCCCUCAUGAUUAAACAGAUGGCGUCGCGGAAUCAGCAACAGCGGCUGCGCCAGCCCAAUCUGGCCCAGUUAGGCCACCCAGGGGACGUGGGCCAGGGCGGUCUGGUCCACGGCGGCCCAGUGGGCGGUUUGGCCCAGCCGAACUUUGAGCGUGAAGGCUCCAGCGCGGGUGCCUCGGGGCGCCUGGGCACCUUCGAGCAGCAGGCGCCGCACUUGGCCCAGGAGAGCGCGUGGUUCCCAGGUCCGCACCCGCCGCCCGGUGACCUGCUGCCCCGCAGGAUGGGCGGCUCGGGCCUGCCGACUGACUGCGGCCCACAUGACCCCGGCCUGGCGCCUCCCCCUCCGCCCGGAGGCUCAGGGGUGCUGUUCCGGGGCCCUCUGCAGGAGCCGCUGAGGAUGCCCGGAGAGGGCCACGUGCCCGCGCUGCCCUCGCCGAGCCUGCAGUUCGGGGGCAGUCUGGCUGGCCUGGGCCAGUUGCAGUCGCCUGGGUCCGGGGUGGGACUGCCCAGUGCAUCCUCAGAGCGCAGGCCCCCACCGCCAGACUUCGCCGCGCAGGGGCUCGGGGGUCAACCGGGCUUUCCUUUUGGCGCGGGGAGCAGGCAAGCCACUCCGCACAGCGGUCCCGGCGUCAACUCGCCCCCAAGCGCGGGCGGGGGCGGCGGCAGCUCGGGGAGUGGCGGGGGUGGUGGGGGCGCGUACCCAUCACAGCCUGAUUUCCAGCCCAGCCAGCGCACCUCGGCCAGUAAGCUGGGGGCACUCUCCUUGGGCUCCUUCAACAAGCCCAGCUCCAAGGACAACCUGUUUGGCCAGAGCUGCCUGGCUGCGCUCUCCACAGCUUGCCAGAACAUGAUUGCCAGCCUCGGGGCCCCCAACCUCAACGUGACCUUCAACAAGAAGAACCCACCCGAGGGCAAGAGGAAACUGAGCCAGAACGACACCGACGGUUCCGCGGUGGCUGGCAACCCAGGCUCGGAUUACUUCCCUGGGGGAUCGGCUCCUGGGGCCCCAGGACCCGGAGGCCCAUCAGGGACCAGUAGCAGCGGCCCCAAAGCCUCAGGGCCGUCAAACCCUCCCAGCCAAGGGGAUGGCACCAGCCUCUCUCCCAACUACACGCUAGAGUCAACAUCGGGGAACGACGGCAAGCCGGUCCCCGGGGGCGGUGGCCGGGGACGGGGUCGCAGAAAAAGGGACAGUGGUCACGUGAGCCCUGGGACCUUCUUCGACAAGUACUCUGUGGCUCCAGACAGCGGGGGCGCACCUGGGGUGAGCCCGGGACAGCAGUCAGCUCCAGGCCCGGCCGUCGGGGGAAGCUCUGUGAGCGAGGCUCGAGGGGCGCCCACGCCCCACGAGAAGGCACUCACGUCGCCGUCCUGGGCUAAAGGGGCCGAGUUGCUCCUGGGGGACCAGCCGGACCUCAUGACAUCCCUGGACGGCGGGGCCAAGUCGAACGGUAGUUCGCCUCAUGUGGGUGAGUUCACCUCCGACGAGGUGAGCACGAGCUACACCAAUGAGGACGAGGUGUCGUCCAGCUCCGACAACCCCCCAGUCCUGGCCAAAGCCAGCAGGAGCCCCCUGGUGACUGGCUCACCCAAACUCCCUCCUCGAGGGGUGGGCACCGGGGAACAUGGACAGAAGGCGCCUCCACCCCCGCUUGGCCUGGGCAUCAUGUCUACCUCUACCUCGACCCCUGACAGCUAUGGCGGGGGUGGGGGUGCUGGCCAUCCGGGCACUCCGGGCCUGGAACAGGUCAGGACCCCCACUAGCAGCAGUGGUGCACCACCCCCGGACGAGAUCCACCCUCUGGAGAUCCUCCAGGCGCAGAUCCAGCUGCAGAGGCAGCAAUUCAGCAUCUCUGAGGACCAGCCCCUGGGGCUCAAGGGUGGCAAGAAGGGUGAAUGCCCGGUUGGGGCCUCAGGCACGCAGAAUGGUGACAAUGAGCUGGGAAGCUGCUGCUCGGAGGCAGUCAAGAGCGCCAUGAGCACCAUCGACCUGGACUCACUGAUGGCAGAGCACAGCGCCACCUGGUACAUGCCAGCUGACAAGGCCCUGGUGGACGGCACGGAGGAUGACAAGACGCUGGCACCUUGGGAAAAGGCCAAACCCCAGAACCCCAACAGCAAAGAAGCCCACGACCUCCCGGCAAGCAAGGCCUCGGCCCCCCAGCCCGGCAGCCACUUGCAGUGCCUGUCCGUCCACUGCACCGAUGACGUGGGUGAGGCCAAGGCCCGCGCCUCCGUGCCCACCUGGCGGUCCCUGCACUCCGACAUCUCCAACAGAUUCGGGACAUUUGUGGCCGCCCUGACUUGAACGACAAGAGACACCCCUCCCCUGCCAGGCCCUCUCUCCCUCUCCUUCCCUCCCCCUGCCCCCACCCUGCUGUUAAUUUGAAAGGGCCACUAUUGCUGAGUGGAUGAUUUUCUUUUCUCUUUCUUUCUUUCUUUCUUUCUUUCUUUCUUUCUUUCUUUCUUUCUUU